AUGCCAAAACAAUACGAUAUUAAGGAAGAGCUUGAUAGUAGCGGAUUGUUCGAACUUAUGGAAAAUAAUGAAUCUCCAAACGUGUGGGAAUCGAAUAAUCUAACUCCACCCUCGUGGAUGAAGGGACUAACGCAGGAUGAUAUAAACGCAAUGUACCAACUUGGUGCUUUAUCGAAGAACGGAUUGCUGGCGGAAAUAAAGAAAAUAUUUGACCAAGCGUACAACAUUGGACUGCAGGAAGCAAAGGAGAUAACGAAAGGGAAAAAUUUGGAAAUUUUCUCCAAUUUAACCAAGAGAAAGUGA